GUGAAAGGAAAUUAAAAGGUGGAAAAAUGAGUGAGAAAGGAAAGGAGAUAGUAGUAGUUGAGAAGGAAAUAAAAAAAGAAAAAAUGAGGGAGAAAGGGAAGAAGAUAGAAGGGGAGGAGAGGGAGAUGAUUGAUCAUUGGAGCCACGAGCAUCCACUUACUUUCGUGGAUGCUCGUGGAGGAGAAUACUGUUAUGGGUGUGAAGAUCGGUUUGGUAGCGGAGAGAAAGCUUAUGGAUGCAGCACCGAGGGAUGUGACUACUCCAGAUUAUUACACGAAGAAUGUGCAGUGAUGGCGAGAGAGAUACGACAUCCAUUGCACCAGUACCCUCAGCACAUCCUCAUCCAACACCACCAGGACCUCUAUGACAGAUGUCACAUCUGUGAACAGAGAAUCCUGUCCAUUGUCUACAGGUGUAGCUUCCGCGGUUAUGGUGAUGAGCAAAUCCCCAACAUCGAUAUCAUACAGCAUCAUCCAAGUCAUCCCGACCAUGAGUUGAAGUUGUCGCAGAGAAGGUCCACCUUUGAGUGCAAUGCUUGCGGCACCAUACACAGAGGGAGUUGGUACGUGUGCACCACAGAUGGCUGUGGAUAUCGGAUCCACCAGAGAUGUGCUUUCUUGCCUCAAACUAUCGAAAGGGAAGACCAUCCUCACUCUCUUUUUCUUUCUUAUAAAAUCAGAUUUGAGCUCUUAGGAUUCUGUAGUACAUGUGGCAGACUUAUUGAACACAAGGGUUGGAUAUAUCAUUGCCGAAUCUGCAUAUAUUUUUAUGUCCAUAUCACGUGUGCCUUCAACGAGCCACUGUGCGGGUUCAAGAUGCACCUGAGGUGCGCACAAGGGGUUGGCGUGAUUGAUGAUGAUGAUCAAAGGCGCAGCGUCAUUCAUCAUCCAAGCCAUCCCGGCCAUGAAUUGAAGUUGUUGAGGAGAAGGUGUUCCUUCAAGUGUGAUGCUUGCUGCACCACACGCAAAGGGAGUUCCUACACCUGCGCCAAUGAUGAUUGCCAGUAUUGGAUCCAUGAGAAAUGUGCUUCGUUGCCUCAAAGCUUCAAAAGGGAAGACCACCAUCAUUCUCUCUCUUUAUCAUUUGACGUCCCUUAUGAAUAUCUCAAUUUCAACUACAAAUGUGAUGUGUGCAACACAUUUUUGCUACCCAACUAUUGGAUAUAUCAUUGCCAAAUCUGCAGAUUUAUUGUCCACGUCAAAUGCGCCUUCAACAAGCCGCCUCCUCGCAUCACUCUUGAUAUCGGGAGAGACAUAAUCCGUCUUCCUCUUCCAACAAAUGAGGUAGCUGAGGAGCUAAUUACACGUUUUGUGAUUAGAGAAAAAGGAGGAGCAUUCAUGCCUAAUGAUGAUGUCCAUGAGUUGGCAAAUGUGAAAUACUAUAAGUUCAUUCAUCACCAACAUCAACUCACUUUAGUCUCAUUUGGUGACCGAAGCCAAGAGGAAGAAGAAGAAGAAGAAGACGAGGAGAAUUAUGGAGUGAGAUCGGAAUUGAUAUGUGAUGGGUGCAUCACUCCAAUAUCAUCAACAUCAAAUACUCCUAGUAGUAGUAGUAAUAGUAAACAUGACUACUACUAUAUGAGUUGCAGUGAAUGCAAAUACAAUCUUCACGUGGCCUGCUUUCACUUGCCACCUCAACUCUCCUCGCUUUCACCUCACCACCAAAAACACCACCUACUUCUCCAAUCUUGUGACAAACUUCGACCUUGGAAAUGUCGACGUUGCGAGGUUUGUUGCCAUCCUAUGAAUGGGAUAUUUUACAGUUGUAGAGAGUGCGACUUCAAAGUCGAUAUCCAAUGCGCUUGUAUGCCGGAUACCAUACACCACGCAGCUCACCCGCACCAUCUCCUCAAGCAUGUGACCAAGUGGGAUCUAGAAAGAGAUGACAACUCAUGGCGCUUGACGUGUGCUGCUGGUUGUGGCGAAGACAUAACCAAUUAUGAUUGUUACAGGUGUUGCAGCAGCAGCCUCUGUGAUUUCACUGUGCACCUUAGAUGCGCUGUGCUGCCGGCAUCAGUCAGCAGCCGUAGAUGGGACCAGCACCACCCGCUGCUGCUGACGUACGACGCCACUCUCAAUCGCCCUGGCGAUUUCUACUGCGAUCAAUGCGAAAAACAAAUGAAUCCCAGGAGUUGGAUGUAUCACUGCCACGCCUGCGAUCUAUCCUUCCAUCCGCGAUGCUGUACAACUACAUCCGGCAGGUAUAGAAACAUCAAGUUUGGUGAAAAAUAUGUGAUCCCCAGAGCUCACUGCCACACACUCACCUAUCAAAUUCUUACCACAAAAUACCGCUGCGACUUUUGUGGUGAUAAUAGGCAUGAAGAGGAAGGGUUUUACUGUGCAUUAUGCAACUUCUUCAUUUGUUUCGACCUCUGCGCUUAUAAAAUGAUCGAAAAUGGGGACACCGAGGCUGUUGGUUGAGUGAUAGGAAAUCAUCAUAUUUUUAUGUGUAUUCUCUAUGUGUUAUUUUUAAUUUAAAACUAUA